CACCCCACACCCCAGCGCCCCCGCCUGCCCCUGCUGCUGCCCCCGCCCGCCCUCCCGUCCUCUUCCGCGCGGUCCUCUGCGCCGUGAGCCACGACUCCCCACGGACACCGGGGUCCCCGGAGGCGGCUUCCUUUGUCUCUGCUCCCCGCCCUCCCUCCGCGGCGCCCCUCGCCCCUCACUCACCGCCCCAGCCCCGGCGAGGGCGACGGAGCCGAGGCGCGGCCCUCCGCGCACCCGCUCUUUAUUCUCUGCCUCCCGCUCGCUGCCUGCGCCGCUCCCGCCUCUGCUGGGGACCCGAGACCCUCCGCGCCCGGCCGCCCGCGCCUCCCCACGGGGUCCCCGGGCGAGGGCCCGCUCGCCGCCAGUACCCCUCGGGCCGGCCCUUCCGGGGUCGCCCGGCGGGCGGGACCGGGGGCUCCCGGGGGCUCCGGGAAGACUGAGCACGCCGGAGAGCUGCGGGCACCUACGACUACCGGGCUGUGGAUACAGGGGGUGGCCGCUGGCGGGCCCUCAGUUUCUCCUCCGCCUCCCUCUGAGCCCACAUUUGGGGUGCUACUCCGGGAGAAUUUUGCACAUCUCCCAUUAUGAGCCUCAAAGGCUGCGGAGGGGUCCUGGCUCUCUGGGCUGUGACCGGCGUUGAACUUUGAGAACAGAGCUGCUGUCCGCUGCCCCAGGGGACCCAGCAUGGGAGGAGUUGCCCCGAAGAGGCCCAAGGGCGCCCCUUGAGCGACCCGCUCACCCUGAGAGUGGGGGCUGAGGAGCCCAGGGCCAUGCCUCCACUACCUCUGGAGAGGGACCCGCGGCAGCAGCGCGGGGUCUCCCUGCUGGUGCGGUAUUUCAUGAUCCCCUGCAACGUCUGCCUGAUCCUGCUGGCCACCUCUACGCUGGGCUUCGCCGUGCUGCUUUUCCUCAACAACUACAAACCUGGGACCCAUUUCACACCAGCACCUCCAGUGCCUCCGGACGUCCGCGUAGAGCUACGUGCUGGGCGCCCUCCAAGCCGCUGCAGAUAUUGGCCCCACGGUAACCCUGGGAGGCACGUCCCACUGUCCCCACUCACAGAAGGAGAUACUGACGCAUGGCAAGCAUGCCGAGGAAUGUUGUGUGGCUUUGGCGCCGUGUGUGAGCCCAGCGCGGAAGGUUCCGGCAGAGCCUCCUGUGUGUGCAAGAGGAGUGCCUGUCCGGCUGUGGUGGCGCCUGUGUGUGGCUCCGACGCCUCCACCUACAGCAACGAAUGUGAGCUCCAGCGGGCGCAGUGCAGCCAGCAGCGGCGCAUCCGCCUCCUCAGCCGCGGGCCCUGCGGCUCCCGGGACCCCUGCUCCAAUGUGACGUGCAGCUUCGGCAGCACCUGUGUGCGCUCAGCAGACGGGCAGACGGCCACGUGCCUGUGCCCGGCCACCUGCCGGGGGCCCCCUGACGGCCCCGUGUGUGGCAGCGACGGGGCCGACUACCCCAGCGAGUGCCAGCUCCUGCGCCACGCGUGCGCGCGCCAAGAGAACAUCUUCAAGAAGUUCGACGGCCCUUGUGACCCCUGUCAGAGCGCCCGCAGUGACCUAAGUCGUAUCUGCCGUGUGAACCCACGCACGCGGCGCCCUGAGAUGCUGCUGCGGCCAGAGAGCUGCCCUCCUCGGCAGGCACCCGUGUGCGGGGACGACGGGGUCACCUACGACAACGACUGUACGAUGGGCCGCACGGGAGCUGCCCGUGGCCUCCUCCUCCAGAAAGUGCGCUCCGGCCAGUGCCAGCCUCAAGACCAGUGCCCAGAUGUGUGCAGGUUCAACGCCGUGUGCCUGAUCCGCCGGGGUCGCCCCCGCUGCUCCUGUGACCGCGUCAUCUGCGACGGGGCCUACAGACCUGUGUGUGCCCACGACGGGCACACCUACGACAGUGACUGCUGGCGCCAGCAGGCCGAGUGUCAACAGCAGCGCGCCAUCCCUGCCAAGCACCAGGGCCCGUGUGACCAGCCCCUGUCCCCGUGCCUUGGGGUGCAGUGCCCGUUUGGGGCAGCAUGUGCUGUGAAGAACGGGGAAGCUGAGUGUGUGUGCCAGCAGGCGUGUUCGGGCAUCUACGAUCCUGUGUGUGGCAGUGAUGGCGUCACGUACGGCAGCACGUGUGAGCUGGAAGCCACGGCCUGCACCCUUGGACGGGAGAUCCGGGUGGCUCGCAGAGGACCCUGUGACCGCUGUGGGCAGUGCCGCUUCGGAGCUCUGUGUGAGGCUGAGACCGGGCGCUGCGUGUGCCCCUCCGAGUGCGUGGCCCUGGCCCAGCCUGUGUGCGGCUCUGAUGGGCACACGUAUGCCAGCGAGUGUGAGCUACACGUCCACGCCUGCACACAUCAGAUCAGCCUGCGUGUGGUCUCGGCUGGACGCUGCCAGACCUGCGGAGACACGGUGUGUGCCUUUGGCGCGGUGUGCUUGGCUGGACGGUGUGUGUGUCCCCGGUGUGAGCGCCCCCCACCCGGCCCCGUGUGUGGCAGUGACGGUGUCACCUACCCCAGCGCCUGUGAGCUCCGAGAGGCUGCCUGCCAGCAGCAGACGCGGAUCGAGGAGGCCCGGGCGGGGCCCUGUGAGCAGGCCGAGUGCGGCUCUGGAGGCUCUGGCUCUGGAGAGGACGGCGAGUGUGAGCAGGAGCUGUGCCGGCAGCAUGGCGGCGUCUGGGACGAGGACUCGGAAGACGGGCCCUGCGUCUGUGACUUCAACUGCCAGAGCGUCCCGAGGAGCCCGGUGUGUGGCUCCAACGGGGUCACCUACGGCACCGAGUGCGAGCUGAAGAAGGCCCGGUGUGAGCUGCAGCGGGAACUGUACGUCGCGGCUCAGGGAACCUGCCGUGGCCCCACCCUGGCCCCGCUGCCACCUGCAGUUCCCCCGCACUGCAGCCAGACCCCCUACGGCUGCUGCCAGGACAACAUCACUGCUGCCCGCGGUGUGGGCCUGGCUGGCUGCCCCAGCUCCUGCCACUGCAACCCACAUGGCUCCUACAGUGGCACCUGUGACCCAGCCACAGGCCAGUGCUCCUGCCGCCCAGGGGUCGGGGGCCUCAAGUGUGAUCGCUGUGAGCCUGGCUUCUGGAACUUCCGUGGCAUUGUCACCGAUGGCCGGAGCGGCUGCACUCCCUGCAGCUGUGACCCCCGGGGUGCUGUGCGGGACGACUGUGAGCAGAUGGCAGGGCUGUGCUCAUGUAAGCCUGGGGUGGCGGGACCCAAGUGCGGGCAGUGUCCGGACGGCCACACCCUGGGCCCUGCUGGCUGUGAGACAGACUCCUUGGCGCCCGAGACCUGUGCCGAGAUGCGCUGCGAGUUUGGGGCAUCCUGCGUGGAGGAAGCUGGCUCCGCACACUGCGUGUGCCCAACACCCACCUGUCCAGAGGCCAGUGCCACCAAGGUCUGUGGGUCGGACGGAGUCACCUACGGCAACGAGUGCCAGCUGAGGACCAUCGCCUGCCGCCAGGGCUUGGACAUCUCUAUCCAGAGCCUUGGCCCGUGCCAGGACUCUCUUUUUCUUGCAGAGGCUAUUGCUUCUGGUGCCCGCCCAACAUCUCCUGCACCCGUGGCCACCUUGGGGCUCAACGUGAGCAGGGCGCUGCCGCCCCCACCCAGCGCCCUCCCCCUGACUCCCAGCAGUACCCCUCACAGCCGGCCCACUCCUCGACCCUCACCGGGACCUUGGACCACUGCCCGCAUCCCCAGGACAACCACGAGGCCCGUGCUGACCAUGCCCCCCACGGCCCCUGCCACAGCCCCCAGUCUCGCCACAUCUGCCUUUGGCGAAUCUGGCAGUGCCGAUGGGAGCGGCGAUGAGGAACUGAGUGGUGACCUGGAAGCCAGUGGGACGGGCUCAGGGGGACUCGAGCCCCCUGAAGGUGGCAGCGCUGUGACCCCUGGGCCACCCCUGGAGAGGGCUUCUUGCUACAACUCGCCUUUGGGCUGCUGCUCGGAUGGCAAGACGCCCUCGCUGGACACAGAAGGUUCCAACUGUCCUGCCACCAAGGCGUUCCAGGGUGUGCUGGAGCUUGAGGGAGUCGAGGGGCAAGAGCUGUUCUAUACACCGGAGAUGGCUGACCCCAAGUCAGAGCUUUUUGGGGAGACCGCUAGGAGUAUCGAGAGCACACUGGAUGACCUCUUCCGGAACUCAGACGUUAAGAAGGACUUCCGAAGCGUCCGCCUGCGGGACCUGGGGCCUGGCAGCUCAGUCCGAGCCAUUGUGGACGUGCACUUUGAUCCUGCCACGACCUUCAGGGCGCCCGACGUGGGCCAGGCCCUGCUCCGGCAAAUACAGGCCUCUAGGCGCCGGUCCCUGGGGGUCAGGCGGCCACUGCAGGAGCACGUGCGCUUCAUGGACUUUGACUGGUUUCCUGCGUUCUUCACGGGAGCCACCACGGGAGCCACACCUGCCGCCGCCACGGCCAGGGCCACCACUGUGGCCCACCUGCCUUCUGCUGUGACCCAGCGGGCCCUCUACCCCAGUCACACAAGCCGGCCUGUUGGCAGGACCACAGCCCUGCCCACGACACGCCAGCUCCCCACCACUGCCCCCCGUCAUGUGCCUGGACGCCGGCCCUUGCCCCCAGGCACCCAGCAGCCACCAAGGCCCUGUGACUCCCAGCCCUGCCUCCACGGAGGGACCUGCCGGGACCAAGACUCAGGUGGAGGCUUCACCUGUAGCUGCCCAGUGGGCAGGAGGGGAGACACCUGCGAGAAGGCACUGCAGCCCUCACUGCCAGCCUUCGGAGGCCACUCCUUCCUGGCCUUCCCCACCCUCCGUGCCUACCACACACUGCGCCUGGCGCUCGAGUUCCGGACGUGGGAGCCACAGGGGCUGCUGCUCUACAAUGGCAACGCCCGGGGCAAGGACUUCCUGUCGCUGACGUUGCUGGGGGGCCGCGUGCAGCUCAGGUUCGACACAGGUUCGGGGCCCGCGGUACUGACCAGCUCAGUGCCUGUAGAGCCUGGCCGCUGGCAUCGCUUGGAGCUGUCUCGGCACUGGCGCCGGGGUACCCUCUCAGUGGAUGGUGAGACCCCUGUUGUGGGCCACAGCCCCAGUGGUACAGAUGGUCUCAACCUGGACACAGACCUCUUUGUGGGCGGCGUCCCAGCGGACCAGGCUUCUGUGGUGCUCGAAAGGACCUCCGUCAGUGUUGGCCUCAAGGGCUGCAUCCGCCUGCUAGACAUCAACAAUCAGCGGUUGGAGCUCAGCAGCUGGCAGGGGACGGUAACCCGAAGCUCUGGUGUGGGUGCAACCUGUAGUGAUGGCGAGAACCCCUGUGAGCCGAACCCUUGCCACGGGGCAGCCCCUUGCCGUGUGCUGCCUGAGGGCGAGGCCAAGUGCGAAUGCCCCCAGGGACGAGGGGGCGCCCUCUGUCAGACAGUCUCCAAGCAGGAUUAUCCCCGGCCCUUCCUGGCUGACUUCAGCGGCUUCUCCUACCUGGAGCUGGAAGGCCUGCAUACGUUUGCGCGAGAUCUAGGGGAGAAGAUGGCGCUGGAGGUGGUGUUCCUGGCCCGUGGCCCCAGUGGCUUGCUCCUCUACAAUGGGCAGAAGACAGAUGGCAAGGGGGACUUUGUGUCACUGGCGUUGCAUGAUCGAUUCCUGGAGUUCCGCUAUGACCUGGGCAAGGGGGCAGCGGUCAUCAGGAGCAAGGAGCCAGUGGCCCUGGACACCUGGACCAGGGUCUCACUGGAGCGCAGUGGCCGCAAGGGCGCCAUGCGUGUCAGUGACGGGCCCCGAGUGCUGGGGGAGUCCCCGAAGUCCCGCAAGGUGCCACACACAGUCCUCAACCUGAAGGAGCCGCUCUAUGUCGGAGGGGCUCCUGAUUUCAGCAAGCUGGCCCGGGCAGCUGCAGUGUCCUCCGGCUUUGACGGCGUCAUCCAGCUGGUCUCCCUGAAAGGCCACCAGCUGCUGACCCAGGAGCACGUGCUGCGGGCAGUGGACGUCUCGUCUUUCACACACCACCCUUGUACCCAGGCCUCAGGCCACCCCUGCCUCAAUGGGGCCUCCUGCCUCCCUCGGGAGGCCUCCUAUGAGUGCCUGUGUCCCGGGGGCUUCUCGGGGCUUCACUGCGAGAAGGGGCUGAUUGAGAAGUCGGCAGGGGACCUGGAUGCCCUAGCCUUCGACGGACAAACCUACGUUGAAUAUCUCAAUGCCGUGACCGAGAGUGAGAAGGCCGUGCGCAGCAACCACUUUGAGCUGAGCCUGCGCACAGAGGCCACACAGGGGCUGGUGCUGUGGAGCGGGAAGGCCACAGAGCGGGCUGACUACGUCGCUCUGGCCAUCGUGGAUGGGCGCCUGCAGCUGACCUACGACUUGGGCUCCCAGCCCGUGGUGCUGCGUUCCACCGUGCCGGUCAACACCAACCGCUGGUUGCGGGUGAGGGCACACAGGGAACAGAGGGAAGGAUCCCUCCAGGUGGGCAAUGAGGCCCCUGUGACUGGCUCUUCCCCGCUGGGUGCCACACAGCUAGACACAGACGGAGCCCUAUGGCUGGGUGGCCUGGAGAAGCUGCCCAUGGGCCAGGCCCUGCCCAAAGCCUACAGCACAGGCUUUGUGGGCUGCCUCCGGGAUGUAGUGGUGGGCCAGCGCCCACUGCACCUGCUGGAAGAUGCCGUCACCAAGUCGGGGCUUCGGGCCUGCGCCGCCCCGUGAAACAUACGCCACAGCCCACCAGCCACCCUGCUGUCAUUAUUUUCUAUUUUUGUAAACUCAUUGCUUUUUUGAUAUGGUUUUCUUGCCUGUGUGUUGGCCAGAGGGACUGCUGGACCGGCCUCCCUACCAUCCAGACAGACAAGCUACAGAGGCAAACUCUGCGUCAAGGGACUUGCAGGGGGAGGUGGUGCAGGCAGCACGGAGGGCUUGACUCCAGCGCUAGUCUCAGGACGUUCCUCUCCACCUCAGGCCACUGUGUCCCGGCCCCUCGUGCUGUGCCUCCCCUGUGUGUCCACCGGGCCUGUGUCCCCAGAGCAGGAAGGCGCUGCUGGGGCUUGAGGGGGCCUUUCCUCCUCGCAAGCCCUCAGGGGCCUCCUCGGUUCCCACUUGAGCUGCUCCUGCCCUUGGCGUGUGCGGUAGGCCGGGGCUAGCCUCGAGCGCAGACUGGCCCCUCCCAGGCCUCCUGUGCCAAUACUGUGACUUAGAAGCAAUGUUACUGUUGGGGCUAUAUAUCGUACCCUUCCUUCCCGCUAUGUCCACCAGUCCCAGAGUGCUGGAGAGCAGAGGCCAAGCCCAGGCCUGGUCAGGGCACCUUGGCCCUUAGUUGGCCUGCCUGUCCGUCCAGCCACCCUGGACAUAGCUGUGUCCCCUCCCUGAUACCCCAGGUCCCAUGAGGAGUCCUGAGAGGGAGCAGGGCCGCUGUGUGACGCGGUUGAUGUCCGCUACCUGCUUGUUUGGGCAGCCGGCAUCCCCCUCUCAAGGAUGGAUGUUCGGGCCUGACCUCCCACCUUUAUGCAUUGAUUUUAUUUGACACGUGGAGUGACAGGGCCGUCGUCCUUCCUGUCCUGGCCCAAGGGCGGCUGAGGACUCCACACGGCAAACUCCCUCUCAGGUCCUGGUGUGAGGGUAGUUGUCAUUGUCCAAGAAUGACCAGGGGUCAGCCGAGUGUCUGACCGAGGCCAAGGGGUGGGUGUAGAGGCAGCAGAAAAAACCGCAACGUUACGCCGCGUCCUACCUGUCCCCCCCCACCCUCCCCUCCGUGGGGGUAGCAGCCCCAACACCCCCACAUCUGGGACUGUGUCAUGUUACUAACUCCGGUCUGUGUCUGUGUCUGUGUCAAUCACCGUGAAUUAAAGUCUGAACACUUUAAAAGAA